CCGAGAUUCGAGCGUCGUAACGCAACGUCGACGCGCCUGUCUUCUCUUCCCCGAGACUGGAUUCCCUUUUUCUUUCUUGUGUGCAAUGAUCGUACGGAUUUCACAGACUUAGUCAUUCUUUUGGAGCCAGUGAAAGAGUAGGAAUUACAUUCCAGCAAGAGACAGACCCUGGAUUGCCGGUCACAAGUUCUCGACCACACACUUGCUACGCACACCGACGACUCCCCACUUCAACCCCUCGAACCCCUCUCACCAACUCAACUACCCAGCAGCGGUAGAUCGCCAACAUGCCUGCGAAAUCCCGCUUCACGCGCUUGGACGCGUUCACAAAGACGGUCGAAGAUGCGCGCAUCCGCACCACAUCCGGCGGCAUUGUCACGCUUGUCAGCUUGGUGGUGAUUCUAUGGUUGACAUGGGGCGAGUGGCAAGAUUACCGGAGAGUGACGGUGCGGCCGGAGCUGGUGGUGGACAAGGGGAGAGGCGAGCGCAUGGAGAUUAGCUUGAACGUGACGUUCCCGCGGCUGCCCUGCGAGCUGCUCACGCUCGAUGUCAUGGAUGUGUCGGGAGAGUUGCAGAUGGGCGUCUCGCAUGGAGUUAACAAGGUGCGACUGACCGCCGAGGCUGAGGGGAGCAAGAUGAUCGAUGUCAAGGCGCUGGAUCUACACGGUGAUGAAGCCUCGCAUCUCGCCCCCGAUUACUGCGGCCAAUGCUACGGCGCACCCGCCCCCACCAACGCUAUCAGAUCCGGCUGCUGCAACACCUGCGACGAAGUCCGCGACGCAUACGCAUCGAUCUCAUGGUCCUUUGGCCGCGGCGAGGGUGUCGAGCAGUGCGAGCGUGAGCAUUACGCCGAGAAGCUCGACUCCCAGCGCCAGGAAGGAUGCCGUCUUGAGGGCAGCAUCCGCGUCAACAAGGUGGUUGGAAACUUCCACAUUGCGCCUGGAAAAUCCUUCUCGAACGGCAACCUACACGUGCACGACUUGGAGAACUACUUCAAGGACGAGUACGCGCAUACCUUCACCCACACCAUUCACGACCUACGCUUUGGGCCCCAAUUGAGCGAAGCUGUCGUUCAGGAUAUGCAGAAGAAACACCUCGUUACUGGCCCUGGUGGAUGGACAAGCCACCAUAUCAACCCCCUCGACAACACGAGCCAGCACACCGAUGAGAAGGCGUUCAACUACAUGUACUUCGUCAAGGUCGUGUCGACGGCUUAUCUGCCGCUCGGCUGGGAAAAGGAAGCCGCGCGGCCCAGUAAGCAAGACGAGGUCCUCGGCGGUACCAUCGACGGCAGCUACAAGGGCAGCAUCGAGACACACCAGUACUCCGUCACGAGCCACAAGAGGAGUCUCGCAGGCGGCACGGAUGAGUCGGAGGGACACAAGGAACGUGUCCACGCGCGUGGUGGUAUCCCCGGCGUCUUCUUCUCCUACGACAUCUCACCCAUGAAGGUCAUCAACCGUGAAACACGCGACAAAUCCUUCUCUGGCUUCCUCGUCGGCCUGUGCGCCGUCAUUGGCGGCACGCUGACGGUCGCUGCGGCUGUUGAUCGCGCGCUGUACGAGGGCGUCAACCAGAUCAAGAAGAUCCACUCGAACUAGAUGGGUGUUUCGGAUGGUUUGGUUAGGCAAAUUUACCGAAGAUGCGGAGUCGCGCUGUGCUGCAUUGCUGGGGUUUCGCAUGGGGAAUUGGAGUCUGGGCGUAUCUGUGGGUUGGUGAUCUAGGGAUGGGAUGGGAUGGGAGGGGGAUUUAGGACUUUUCUUAGGGGGGGUGUAGGUAUUGUGCUGGGGUUUUUGGAAGAGGGGCGUGUGUAUGUGCUAUAUCGAGG